UUUUCGUCUUCGCUCGAGAAAACAAAGAGCGAAGAACCUCAGCGAUCGAUUCCAGAUCGCGCGAUCCUUCUACUUCUCUUCCUCUUCGAUUCCAAUCCUUUUUGAUUGCCUAAUCCGACAAGCAGCUCGGUUUCCGCUUCGAUUCCAUGGUCUUUCUUCGAAUUCGCGUUGGAUUUGUAGGGUUUUGUGGAGAGAUGGUUUUUCUAUGAAUUUUUUUUAGGUGUUUUUAGGGAAUUUUUGGAUGAUUCGAAGGUUUCUUUGGGGAUGGAUGGUUGGAGAUAGGUUGGUGGUGUGGUAAAGAGUAUGGGGAUUGUUGAACUGGUUUAUGAGAUGUUUGGGGCUUACCCUACGCCUUCAUGGGCAUUGGUUGCUGCUGGGAUUUUCGUGCUUACAUCUCUCUCGUUGUCGAUGUUUUUGAUUUUUGAGCAUCUCUCUUCGUACAAGAAUCCGGAGGAGCAAAAGUUUCUCAUUGGUGUCAUCUUGAUGGUGCCUUGUUAUGCUGUUGAAUCGUAUGUGUCUUUGGUGAAUCCAUCAAUAAGUGUUGAUUGUGGAAUACUUCGUGAUUCCUACGAGGCUUUUGCGAUGUAUUGCUUUGGGAGAUACCUUGUAGCGUGCAUGGGUGGUGAAGAGAGAACUAUUGAGUUUAUGAAGAGGCAGGGUGGUUCAAGCUAUCAUGCAUCCUUGUUACCAAAUGCUUCUGAGAAGGGAGUGAUAAAGCAUCCUUUCCCAAUGAAUUACAUUCUUAAACCAUGGAAACUUGGUGAAUGGUUUUACCAGGUUAUCAAGUUUGGAAUUGUUCAAUAUAUGAUAAUAAAGACUCUCACUGCUAUUUUAGCUGUUUUUCUUGAAGCGUUUGGACUGUACUGUGAAGGAGAGUUUAAAUGGAGUUGUGGUUAUCCAUAUAUGGCUGUUGUCCUCAAUUUCAGUCAGUCCUGGGCGCUAUAUUGUUUAAUUCAAUUUUAUGCUGCCACAAAGGAUGAAUUGGAACAUAUAAAACCAUUGGCUAAGUUCCUUGUAUUCAAAUCUAUUGUCUUCCUGACCUGGUGGCAAGGUGUGGCGAUAGCACUACUUUACAGUUUGGGUUUGUUCAAAAGUCCUAUAGCUCAAGGGUUACAAUUCAAAACAAGUAUACAGGAUUUCAUCAUUUGUAUAGAGAUGGGCAUUGCUUCCAUUGUUCACCUGUACGUAUUCCCUGCAAAGCCAUAUGAAUUAAUGGGUGAUCGCAUUCCUGGAAGCGUUUCAGUACUUGGGGACUAUGCAUCUGUGGACUCCCCUUUGGACCCUGAUGAGGUCAGGGACAGCGAGCGGCCUACAAAACUGAGGCUUCCUCAACCUGUUACUAAGGCUAAGAGUGGUAUGACCAUUAAAGAAAGUGUUCGAGAUGUUGUCAUUGGUGCUGGUGAAUAUAUUGUAAAUGAUCUGAAGUUCACCGUCAACCAGGCGGUUGAGCCCGUGGAGAAGGGUUUCACCAAAUUCAAUGAGAAACUCCACAAGAUAUCCCAGAACAUAAAGAAACACGAGAAGAAGAGAACAAAGGAUGACAGUUGCAUCGGCUCAACAUCACCAGCCAGGAGGGUCAUCCGGGGAAUAGACGACCCACUUUUGAAUGGUAGUGUGAGUGAUAGUGGAGUUGCCAAAGGAAAAAGACACCGCCGGAGAUCUGGGUACACCAGUGCAGGAAGUGGUGGUGAGAGCAGUGAUCAGGGUCGCAGUUGUGGGUUUGAAAUCCACGGACGCAGGUGGCUCACCAAAGACUAAUUGCACCUCCCCCUCAUAGAGAAGAAUUAACCAUGUCGUUAUUAUUAAACUCGGUUUGGUUGAUCCUGACAAACCAAGAGAUUGAAGGUGCAGGUUAUCAUCAAUUUUUCGCCCGGGCAUGAUACUGUUUCUAAUUUUGCCGACGUGUACAUAUGUUUUCCAAGAGUAUUUGAAGGUAACCCAAGCAGCGAUGGUUUGCUUGGGCACACAUUGUUGUCUCAUUGGGCUUGAUCAACAACGGGUGCUGUUUUAGUGUUAGCAUUUGCAGAGCAAUGUGCUAGUUAGACAUUAUGUACCAUUACUUAGAAUUCUAAUACUUGAGUUCUUAUAAUAACCAAAAACGGCAUUCACCAUUAUCAGCUUGGUGAAGGUUUUCA